AUGUCCAACUCUCUUGAGCAGCUCAAGGCCACCGGCACUGUUGUCGUCUGUGACUCUGGCGACUUUUCCACCAUUGACAAGUACAAGCCCCAGGAUGCUACCACCAACCCUUCGCUCAUCCUAGCCGCUGCCAAGAAGCCCGAAUAUGCCAAGCUGAUUGACGACGCCGUUGCCUACGCGAAGAAGCAGGGCGGCGAUGUCGACGCCCAGGUCGAGAAUGCCCUUGACCGUCUCCUGGUCGAGUUUGGCCAGAAGAUCCUCGAAAUCAUUCCCGGCCGUGUCUCUACCGAAGUUGACGCCAAACUGUCUUUUGACACCAAGGGCUCCGUCGACAAGGCUCUCCAUAUCAUCGACCUCUACAAGCAGCAGGGCAUCUCCAAGGACCGUGUCCUGAUCAAGAUUGCCUCUACCUGGGAGGGUAUCAAGGCGGCUGAGAUCCUCCAGCGCGACCACCAGAUUAACUGCAACCUGACUCUCUUGUUUUCUCUUCCUCAGGCCAUCGCGGCCGCUGAGGCCAAAGCUUUCCUCAUCUCUCCUUUUGUCGGCCGUAUCCUCGACUGGUACAAGGCCUCUACCAAGCAGGAGUACACCAAGGAGACCGACCCUGGUGUGACCUCCGUCAAGGCCAUCUUUGACUACUACAAGAAGUUUGCCUACAAGACCAUCGUUAUGGGUGCCUCUUUCCGCAACACUGGCGAGAUCACUGAGCUUGCCGGCUGCGACUACCUGACCAUCUCCCCUGGUCUGCUUGAGGAGCUCCUUAACAGCUCCAAUGCCGUCCCCAAGAAGCUCGAUGCCGCUGCCGCCUCUGCCAAGAACAUUGAGCGCAAGACCUUUAUUAACGACGAGCCGACGUUUCGCUUCGCCUUCAACGAGGAGCAGAUGGCCGUCGAGAAGCUCCGUGAAGGUAUCAGCAAGUUUGCUGCCGACGCUGAGACCCUCAAGAAGACCCUCAAGGACAAGAUCUCUGCUUAG